ACAUGAAGUAGCUGUCAAAUUUUGUUACCUCACUUUUCGGCUAACAGGAAUUGCCUUGCGCUGAAAAAAUACAGAAUAUUAAAUAUGUCAUUCCUAAAAUCCUUCGGGAAAUCCGUAAUAAUUGCUUUUAAUCAAAACAUUUUUUUUUACCAUGAAGAAAAAUCUUGGUCUCAUCGAAUUAGUUUGGAAGUUCCAAUAGAAAAAGGUCGUCCACGGAAGUAUUUUGAUGCCGAUAGUGACAGUGAAAACGAGGAUGUUCAGAACAAAAAUAGUAACUGCAAUGUCAAUAAUGCACAUGUUGUUGGUAUGGAUGUUCACGAUGCUAAAUCAUUGCUGGCAAUAGCGACGAGUGACAAAUCACUCUACCUUUAUGCAAUUGUUGAUAUCGAUGGAUGUGGUGGGCAAUUGAAAUUGUUAUCGAGACGCUUAGUUUCUAGAACAUCAAGUUGUUUGAAAUUUUCGGCGGAUGGAAAUUUUCUUCUCGUGUGUGAUAAAGGAGGAGACUGCUAUAAAUAUGAUUGUGAGAAAAGUAAAAACCCUGGACUGUGGCUUUUUGGACACAUGAGUCAAAUAUUGGAUAUACUCAUAAAUUCCGAUGACAGUUUAAUCGUUACUUGCGAUCGGGAUGAGAAAAUUCGUAUAACCAACUAUCCAGAUUGCCAUAAUAUCGAAACUUUUUGUUUAGGUCAUAGCGAAUUCGUUUCCCAUAUUGAAUUUUUGAAAGACGAUGAAGAUUUGCUCCUGUUAUCGCUGUCCGGAGAUAAAACCAUGCGACUAUGGAACGUUGAGGACGGAAAAGAGCAGGCCAAGAAAGAAUGUGAUCAAGCAGGAAACAAGUUAGCAGUAAAAGAUCUUGGCGAUGGACAGAGUCUGAUUGCAAUGCUUUGUUAUCCACCUACAACAAUUUCAGUAUAUGUGCUAACUGAAGGUCUCUCCAAAUGGGAUUUUCUCAAAGGCAUCAACGCGAAAUCGAACCAUAUUUAUUCUUCACUUACGUUCGACAGUGCAUCGAAUUUGUUAGCUCUGACAAUAGACGAAAAAUCCGAACUUGUUUCGAUAAAUGUAUUUCAAUUCAACCGAGAAAACUUUUCGUUCCGGGAAAACGAUACAAGUUCACAGAAAAUUUCUGAAAUGAUCAGCAAUUGCAAACUGUCUUACACAGAUUCUGUUUCGUUUCUAUUCAAGAAAAAGUUUGACAAUAUAAAAAACUAUCAUGAACGUAAACGAAAACGUUUAGAAGUUAAAAGUUAAUAAAUGGAAUAAAACAA